AUUGUCGGCGUAGACAACGCGUAAAACCAUCAGGUGGUGUCCCGCUGACGCACUCAGGGAACGUUCGAUUGUGUCAUCGGUCGCGACUGAAUUGCUCAACCGACAAUGAGUGGAGAAGAACCCACCGCGACGACGACGAACGGAGUCGCACCAGAGCCGUCACCACCAGCUGAGGAAGCUCCCUUAUCAGUCGAACCUCAGAAACCCGAAGUGGUCGAGAGCGAAACGAAGAGCCCGAACCACAAAGAACUCGUGCGGAAGGAAGUUCUCGAUGUCUUGAAUCAUUUGAAUAUCAUAAAAGACAAUGACUUUGUAGCUAAAGCCGACGGAACAUGGGUCGAAGCAAAAUGUCCCGCUCGUAUAGAUUUGUACGGUGGGUGGACGGAUACUCCACCGAUCUGCUACGAAAUGGGGGGCUCCGUGGUGAACAUGGGAAUCCUGGUAGAUGGAGUGAAACCGAUCUCGGCGAAAGCUCGUUUCAAUAAGAAUCACUCGAUGUUGAAGCUCUUGAUGAUCGAGAAAAACGGACCUGAGCGACUUAUAGAAGUGGAAACCAUGGAGGACCUUCUGGACUUCUGCGAUCCUUCGACUGAAGGAGCCUUGUUGAAAGCUUGUGUGGUUGCCUGUAAUAUCUUUGACAAGAGCAAGCCCUUGAAAGACCAGCUGCUCGAAGAUUACAAAGCCGGCUUAGAUAUCGUCUCUGUGACUCAUCUCCCUCACGGGAGCGGACUAGGUACGAGCAGCAUCUUGGCAAGCGCGUUGUGCGCCGUAAUUUGGGGCGCAACGGGUAAUCUCUUCGACCGGAAAUCACUUCUGUUAGUUGUUCUUGCCGUGGAACAGCUGCUGACAACGGGAGGAGGAUGGCAGGAUCAAGUCGGCGGGGUUCUGGGGGGCAUCAAUCGAGGAUUCUCGAAGCCAGGACCUCUGCUGCAGGUCAAAUUCGAACCCCUUCCUGUGGAGGACGGGUUCGUUGAGCUCCUGGAGCAACACAUGGUACUCCUCUACACAGGGAAAAUUCGGUUGGCGAAGAACAUACUGGAUGUCGUCGUCAAUCGAUGGUUCGAGCAUUGUCCUGCCAUGAUGGACUGCUUCCGGAAAUUGCAUACUGGGAGCAUGCAGAUGCAGGGUGCUAUCAAGACCAGAGAUUUGAGCAGGAUCGCCGCUCUCUUCACUGAGUACUGGGAGUUGAAGAAGAAGCUCGCUGAGAAUAGCGAGCCCACGGAAGUGACACAGUUGAUCAGAGUCGUGGAACCAUUUUGCGUCGGUUACUCCCUCCUGGGAGCCGGUGGCGGCGGGUUCCUGUGUGCCAUCACUGCUAUGCCCGACAUGCACGAUGAAAUUCGAACUGAACUGAAGCGUAACUCGGACUUCGAAAAAGUCACUGUACAUCGGAUCAGUUUAGAUACGCAUGGACUCCAAUUGUACAGAGGGAAUACCAUCAUUCACAUCUGAUCUGAGCGACUAUCUGGAGAUUCUUUCCUCAGUUUUCCCGCAUGAUGCAGAUUCAGGGAAAAAUGCUUCGGGUACUCCCUAUAUUAAUCAUGCUUCAGGGAAACGAGCUUCAAUCAUUUUUCACCGAACUCAUGUUUCAUAAUCGUAUUCUCCCAAAGUUUUGUACAUACUUUAAGUGACAUGGAUCCCUACAGCAGCAGAAAUGGCGGAGUAGGGGCUCUCGACACUCAAAUAAAAGAAAGCAUUCCGAA